AAGAGCGCUCGCUGCAGCACAUGCUGCGCGCCAUAGCGGAGGAGCGCGGCCGCCUCAACCUGCGCCGCGAGGUCUGCGGCCUGGGGUGCUUCAAGGAUGACCGCAUUGUCUUCUGGACCUGGAUGUUCUCCACCUACUUCAUGGAGAAGUGUGCCCCCCGGCAGGAUGACAUGCUGUUCUAUGUGCGCCGGAAGCUGGCAUUCACGGGUGGCGAGAGCAGCGUCGACGGGAGGAAGCAGGCAGAGGCAGAGCCCGAGGUGGAGGUGGAGGUGUACCGGCGGGCCUCCAAGAAGCUUCCGGGCCUGGGGGACCCCGACAUUGACUGGGAGGAGAGCGUCUGCCUGAACCUCAUCCUGCAGAAGCUGGACUACAUGGUGACCUGUGCGGUGUGCACGCGCACCGAGAGUGGCGACAUCCACAUCCAUAAGAAGAAAUCCCAGCAAGUGUUCGCAUCCCCCAGCAAGCACCCUAUGGACAGCAAAGGUGAAGAGUCCAAGAUCAGCUACCCCAACAUCUUCUUCAUGAUCGACAGCUUCGAGGAGGUGUUCAGUGACAUGACCGUGGGGGAAGGAGAGAUGGUCUGUGUGGAGCUGGUGGCCAGUGACAAAACCAACAUGUUCCAGGGGGUCAUCUUCCAGGGCUCCAUCCGCUACGAGGCACUCAAGAAGGUGUACGACAACCGGGUGAGCGUGGCAGCUCGCAUGGCACAGAAGAUGUCCUUCGGCUUCUACAAGUACAGCAACAUGGAGUUUGUGCGCAUGAAGGGGCCACAGGGCAAGGGCCACGCUGAGAUGGCCGUCAGUCGUGUGUCCACUGGUGACACGUCCCCCUGCGGGACCGAGGAGGACUCCAGCCCGGCGUCCCCCAUGCACGAGCGGGUGACCUCCUUCAGCACCCCCCCGACCCCGGAGCGGAACAACCGGCCGGCCUUCUUCUCGCCGUCCCUCAAGAGGAAGGUGCCCCGGAACCGGAUCGCCGAGAUGAAGAAGUCUCACUCGGCCAACGACAGCGAGGAGUUCUUCCGGGAGGACGACGGUGGAGCCGACCUGCACAAUGCAACCAACCUGCGGUCUCGGUCUCUGUCGGGCACUGGGCGGUCCCUGGUUGGGUCCUGGCUGAAGCUGAACAGAGCGGACGGGAACUUCCUUCUCUAUGCACACUUAACCUACGUCACUUUGCCACUGCAUCGGAUCUUAACAGACAUCCUGGAGGUCCGGCAGAAGCCCAUCCUGAUGACCUAGCCGUGUGCGGAGCCGCGCGGAGCCCCUGGCCCUGCCAGGCCCUGGGAGCGCUGCCAAGUGCCUACCUGUCCACCGCCACCGGGUCUUCUGUGACAAGCCAGCGCUGGAGCCACAGCCAGGGGAGGCCACCCGGCUCCUGGGCCAGGGCCGACUCCACGGACACCAGCCCAAACUGAAGUGCCUCUUCUCCUCCCGUGGCUCUGCCCCGCCCUGCACCACCGCCAUCACCCCCAGCCGUCUCCGGAGAGCCCUCUGCACCCAUGGGGACCAGAGACACCAAGAGGCCAUGAGAGCGUGCCCGGGAGAGCCAGCGUCUGGGAUGUGUCUGCCUGCUGCUCUGGGUUCACACCUAGCGAGGCGUGAACACCUGACGCCUGGCGGGCACAGUGUGAACUGUCAGCACCCCUAAGGAAGCCCAGUGUAAGGCCCCGUCACGCCGCACCAAUGGCCUUCUGCAGCCAGGCUGUGACCUGCCCUCCCUCCUUACCAUUUGGUCAUAACAGUCACCAUGGGGGUGGUGGCUUCGCCCUGGGCUGGGGAUACCUCAUCCUACGCCCAGUUCCAGAAAGGCCUCGAGCUGAGCAGAUGGGCCCCGAUCCCGCCAGAAUGGCCUUUUGCUUCCAGCCAAAGAACACCGCCAACAUACACACCUCUAACCUAGAGACGCCGCGCUCUGGGCCUCGGCUGGAGCGACCACAGGACUGGGAUUCCAGGGGCAGGUGGCCUUGCAGCCAGGCAGAGAGCAGGAUUUCUGCUGAAGGGUGUCUGAGGUGGGGUGAGGUUGGCAUCUUCCUGGGAAGGUUCUAGGUGGAUCCUCCAGCCUCUGGGGGUCCGGCGAGGGGAUGGAGUGUUAAUUCAUCUUCCCCGGCUUCCUAGAGCUUUUUCCUCUGACCGAGUGUGCUGUCCCACUUCUCAGAGAGCUCACCGAGGCAAAGGGGAGUUGGCUUGCACGCGGCAGCCUGGUGACGGCCGCCCAGCCCAGGCCAGCCCGUGGCCUCACCCAGCAUGCAGGAGUUUCCACCUGUGACCUUCAUCGUGCCCCUCCAGAGCAGAGGCCCCCCGACCCGCCUGGGAAUCAACUGGAAGCUGGGUCUCUGUUGCUUUUUCUGAAGUCCCCAGGAACACGGGAGGGCCCGGCGGUGUGUUUAGAGAUCUUCUUUAUGGGGAGAAGAGGAGGAGGGAGGGGCUCCUCCUCGUGCUUUUACUCAUGGGCUCCGGGACAGGGGACUACUUCGGCUCUCCAGAUUUUGUAUGUUGUUAUUAAAAGCGAGCUAUUGCAUUUCA